AUGGCUUGGAUUGGACUUGUUUUAUUAUUAUUACUAUUCAUUCUUACAGUUUUAUUCCUUUUCAAAAUGAGUAGUUCCCAGAGUAACAGCUCCCAAAAGCUUCCACCUGGACCCAGGACAAUACCCAUUUUGGGAAAUCUGCACAUAAUGGAUUUCAAGAGGCCUUUUAAGACAAUGAUAAAGUUGUCAAAAGAAUAUGGUUCCGUUUUCCGUCUUCAAAUGGGAUGCCUGGAAAUGGUGGUGCUGACUGGCUAUGAGACGGUCAAAGAGGCUUUGGUGAACCAGGCAGAGGCAUUUGCAGAGAGAGCUAUUGUCCCCAUUUCUGAGGACUAUGCAAAGGGUUUUGGUAUUAUUUUUGCUCAUGGUGAGAACUGGAGAAAGAUGCGGCAGUUUUCAAUAUCUGCAUUACGGGAUUAUGGAAUGGGCAAGAGGAUUGUUGAAGACAAAAUCAGUGAAGAGUGCAGUGUCUUGAUAAAAACAUAUGAGACAUAUGAAGGAAAGCCAUUUGAUCCAGCAACAAUUCUGAAAGCUGCAGCCGCCAAUAUCAUAGUUUCUUUUUUACUUGGCAAGAGAUUUGAAUAUGAAGAUGCUACACUUCUAAGACUAAUCGAGUUAAUUGAAGAAAAUUUACACCUUGCAGGAACCCCUUCUGUGUUGGUGUAUAAUGUGUUUCCCAAAUUGGGAUUCCUUUUGGAUGCUCGUAAAAAAAUAAUGAAUAACCGAAAAGAGUUCCAUAAAUUCAUAGAGGCCACUUUCCUUGAAAAUCUCAAAGAGUUUGAUGAAAAUAAUCAGAGGACUUUUAUUGAUGCAUUUCUUGUCCGGCAGAAAAAGGAGAAUAAGAAGUCAAUAGAUAGCUAUUUCCAUAAUGAUAACCUUAAAGGUCUUGUGGAUAACCUAUUUGUUGCUGGCAUGGAUACUACUUCAAACACUUUGUAUUGGGCCUUACUCCUAAUGAUGAAGUAUCCAGAAAUUCAGAGGAAAGUCCAAGAAGAAAUUGCAAAAGAGGUUGGGGUUCGUCAGCCAAGGACAGAAGACCGAUUCAAAAUGCCUUACACCAAUGCAGUAAUUCAUGAAAUUCAAAGGUUUGCUGAUAUUGUUCCAAUCAAUUUGCCCCAUGCAACCACCAAGGACAUAACUUUCAAAGGCUUCUUCAUUCCCAAGGGUAUGCAAAUUAUUCCUUUGCUAUCAUCAGUGCUCCAUGAUGAAUCCCAGUGGGAGAAACCUCAUGAAUUCUACCCUGAGCAUUUUCUUGACUCUGAAGGAAAAUUUGUGAAGAGGGAUGCAUUCAUGCCUUUCUCUGCAGGUCAGAGAGUAUGUGCUGGGGAGACCCUUGCCAAAAUGGAGCUCUUCCUUUUUUUUACCAACCUCCUCCAGAGAUUUACCUUCCAGCCACCUUCAGGAACAUCUAAAGAUGAUCUGGACCUGACUCCUGCUCUUGGACUUACCACCCCUCCCAUGCCUUACAAGACCUGUGCUGUGUUAUCUUGAUCUGACAGGAAAAAAACUCAUAAUAAGUUGUUUUCUCACCUUUUAAAUAGCUCUAUUUUGAAAGACAGGCAAAAUCUGACAAUCCAAUUCCAUAUUACAUUAUAUUCAUUAUAUUUA